AUGUCCCUCACAAACGCCUCCCCAGAGGCCGCAGCCAGCGCCGCAAAGACGGCAUCCUUCGCCCUCGCCACCCUCCCCGCCUCGGCCCGCAACAGCGCCCUCGACGCCAUCCACGCCGCACUCACGGCCGCCAAGGACGACAUCCUCGCCGCCAACGCCCGCGACCUGGAGCUCGCCGCAAAGGCUGCUGCUGAUGGUUCCCUCAGCCAGGCUCUCGUGUCGCGGCUGGAUCUGGGCAAGAAGGGCAAGUGGGAGGAUAUGCUCAAGGGUAUUCUCGACGUGAGGAAUCUUGAGGAUCCAGUUGGUCAGGUUCAGAUGAGGACUGAGCUUGACAAUGAUCUCGUCAUGGAGCGUGUCUCAUGCCCCAUCGGUGUGCUUCUCAUCAUCUUUGAGGCCCGACCCGAAGUCAUCGCCAACAUUGCCUCUCUCGCCAUCAAGUCUGGCAACGCUGCCAUCCUCAAGGGUGGAAAGGAAUCCACCGAGUCCUUCGUCGCCAUCUCCAAGGUCAUCUCCUCAGCCCUAGAGACAACCCAGGUUCCCAACUCAGCCAUCCAGCUCGUCACCACCCGCGAUGUCAUCGCCCAGCUCCUUGCCCAGGACCGCUACAUUGACCUCGUCAUCCCCCGUGGAUCCAACGAUCUGGUCCGCUACAUCAAGGAGUCGACAAAGAUUCCCGUCCUCGGCCAUGCAGACGGUCUUUGCCACAUCUACCUCACUGCCUCUGCAGACAAGGACAAGGCCAUCACCGCCAUCGUCGACUCCAAGACCAGCUAUCCCGCUGCCUGCAACGCCGCCGAGACCCUCCUCGUCCAGGAUACCGCUCUGACUACCGUCUUCCCCGGUGUUGCUGCUGCUCUCGCCGCCAAGGGCGUCUCUCUCCGCGUUGACGAGGCCAGCAAGGCCGCCAUUGCAUCCCUUUCUCUCGAGGGUGUCCAGGAUGUCACGGCCGAGGACUACGACACGGAGCAUCUCUCCCUCACCAUCGGCGUCAAGACCGUCUCCUCCCUUGACGAGGCCAUCACCCACAUCAACACCCACGGCUCUCACCACACCGACGCCAUCAUGACCUCCGACUCAGCCGAGGCUGAGCGGUUCAUGAACGAGGUUGAUUCUGCCGGUGUCUACUGGAACGCCGCUACCCGUCUCGCCGACGGCAUGCGCUACGGCUUCGGUACCGAGGUUGGUAUCAGCACCAACAAGAUCCAUGCCCGUGGGCCUGUUGGCCUCGAGGGCUUGACCAUUUACAAGUACAAGAUCCGCGGUGACUACCAGGCCACCGCUGACUACGGAGACGGCGAGGGCAAGAAGCCCUGGAAGCACCAGAGGCUGCCCCUGUAG